CGCCGAGCCGGGCAGGGGCGCAGCGAGCCCGGGGAGCAGCGAGCCCGGCCGAGCCCCGCGCCGGUGCCACUGGAGCUGGGCGCAGGAACCGCUCGGCUCCUCCCGCUCCUACCCCAGCCUCCUCCUCCACCUCGCCCCUCGAGACCCCUGGCCGCCAGGCGGCUGGAACAGCGCGCGGGCGCCGAGCGGGGACGCAGCCCGAGAGCCCGGGGCGCACCCGCCAUGGACCCCAAGGACCGCAAGAAGAUCCAGUUCUCGGUGCCCGCGCCCCCCAGCCAGCUCGACCCCCGCCAGGUGGAGAUGAUCCGGCGCCGGAGGCCAACCCCUGCCAUGCUGUUCCGGCUCUCGGAGCACUCCUCGCCAGAGGAGGAGGCCUCUCCCCACCAGAGAGCCGCAGGAGAGGGGCACCACCCCAAGUCCAAGAGACCCAACCCCUGUGCCUACACACCACCCUCGCUGAAAGCUGUGCAGCGCAUCGCCGAGUCCCACCUGCAAACCAUCAGCAACCUGAGUGAGAGCCAGGCCUCAGAGGAGGAGGAGGACGAGCUGGGGGAGCUUCGGGAGCUGGGCUACCCGAGAGAGGACGAGGAGGAGGAGGAGGAGGACGAGGAGGAGGAGGAGGAGGAAGAGGACAGCCAGGCUGAGGUCCUGAAGGCCAUCAGGGGCUCUGCUGGGCAGAAGGUAGCCUGUGGCCAGGGUCUGGAGGGGCCCUGGGAGCGCCCGCCCCCUCUGGAUGAGCCCCAGAGAGACGGCAGCUCCGAGGGCCAAGAUCCGGCACUAACUGAGCCGGGACAGGAGCCUCAGCGCCCCGAGCCUGGCACAUAAGUGUGCAGCUCCCAGUCUUCAAGAGGAAGUAGAGGGGGCGUCACUGUUCCCCAGAAACCCACUCUGUCCCCGCCCUGUUCUUCCCCUCCCCUGCGACUUCUAGACGACUGAGGCUGGUCUGUGUUUGCUUCUUUGCCCACCUUUGGCUGAUGCCGAGUCCCUGACACCCGCCCCUGCCAGUCGUUCCUCCAUUCACCCGGUGGGAGAUGGGGUGUGGGGAACCCCGUGCUGGAAAAUUCAGGAAGCAGAAAGGAGGAUUUGCUUUUCACAGUCCUACUCCCCAGAUCCUGUCCCCUGGGCACAGGAGACCCACAGGGCAGGACCCUAAGAUCUGGGGAAAGGAGUGUGAGAACCUGCAGGGGUCCUGAGAGCCUCCUCCGCCUCUCUCCCCGCCGGACUCCAAGUCACCAUCCCGUCACCAGCGUCUCCCAGGGCCCAGGACUACUCCUCCACAGCCUCAACGCACAGAGAUCUCUGGAUCAGCCCUUCUCCCCUGCGUGCCUGGAAGAUGGACUGGCAGGGGCUGCUUCGUUGCGUUUUGUUUGUGCUUUGAUGCCGGGAAUGCCGCCUAGUACGCGUCCUUAGGGGGGACACAUGGCGGGGAAGCCAGGUUCUCCUUGUCCCCAGCUACUCUGUCCUCUUCCCCUUCUUCCUCAACUCCAGGCCUGAAUCCCUCCAGUGCUGUAAUACAUCUUUGUAAAUAACUGU